AAUUAAUUGAGUUUAAAAUAAUAUUUUGACGGAAGAAGAAAACAUUUUAAGCUUCGCUCUGUCAUAAUUUUAAUUGUAUAUUCUAUUAAAAAAAUUUUAAAUUUGAAGGCUUCAUUAAUUUUGGGGGAGAGACCUUAUAAAAGUAGUAAAUAAAUAUUCUUAUUGUCAAUGACUUGCUUGUUCAAGUGUUAACCAAGUAUGAAUAACGAUAAUGUACUGAAAGAUCAAGGGAAUGAGGGUACAACAAAUGCUACUUAUGGAGCCCUCUCAAUUGCACAGUUAAUAGAUAAAGGAAUAAGUGGCGAAGAAAAGCUCGUAAAUUCAGAAACUAUAUGCAAAUCUGAACCAGAAGAAGUAUUGGACUUGGCCACUAGACCAAAUACAUCCAGAGGUAUUUCUAAGCAAAAAGUACGACAGCGUAAAGAAAUUAGAACGGACAUUGGGUUAAUUAAUAAAUAUAAAUUAAAAAAUUAUUCAUCCGAGACUUCAAUCAGGAACCCAAUUCCCAACAAUAUACAUAAUACAUUUCAUAAUGAACCAAAUACACAAACGACAAUGUUCAAUAAAUUCAGAAUGAGACCACCUCCCAUUGUUCUGGAAACUUUGCAACAACAACCAGUAUCACAAAAUACAUUGCCGCAACAAUAUUUUAUAAAUAAUCCAAUUAUCAAUCAAAGUUCCAUAAUACAUAGAGCAGAACCACUACCAGUAUCUCCAGUUCCAGUAAUAGUUCCCACAGAGGGAAUAUAUAGCAGUCAUUCAAUUCUACCCAGCUGUCUAUAUUGUAGAGAAAAUAAUCAGUAUUGUAAUAGAAACUCACCAACCUGUCUGAACUGCCUUGAAUUAGGAAUUCCAUGUCAAUAUCAGUAUCCAUAUCAAUAUACACCUGUUAAUAUUAUUAGUGAACCCCAAAACAAUUCUAAUCAUAUUUCAAAUCCUUCCAGUUUCACUCAAGAUGAUAUAAUAGCAAAAAGAUACAAAGGCUCAGAACUACCACAGCAAGUUCCAAAUGAAAUUAUUCAUUAUCCACCAAGUUUUAUACCAACUAAUUUCACACCUAGUCCCUUAGGUCCAUUUACUCUCCUGCCUAUAAUUAAGUCAAGUACUUCCCAAAAUGUGAAAAUCACGAUGGAUACCAUUGAUUUUGAGAUCAUUCCUACUGCUGACACCCUCAACAUGAUAUAUAAGUCUACCCUCUUAUCAUUUGCAGAUAUUUAUUUCAAAUUAUUUAAUUAUGAUUUUCCAAUUAUAUCACCACUGGAAUUCUUAACUUAUUUAAAUCAAUUCACACUUAACCCAUCAAAUAUGGAUCAACAAUGUUUAUUUGAAUUGUUUAUGAUACUUUCUAUUGGAAGUAAAUCACACGAGAAUUCAUCGGCUUCUCCACUUUGGACGGUAGCAAAUAAUUCCAUCAGCUUCACCAUUUCACAAAUAUUUUUCAAGCAAGCACUAGGAUUGUGUUCUGAUGAGUUUUGGGCACAUAAGAGUAUUAUUUCACUUAAACGAUUAAUAUUGUUAGGAAUAUAUUCUUUAUUAGAAAUAUCUGAAUUACCAUCAUGGGAAAUAUCUGGGAAGUUAGGAAGACUAAUAACACUAUUAGAUCCUCGAGACAUGAAACAUGACAAUGAAUUAAAAGUUCUUUGUUCAAAUAUAUAUAUAUUAGAGGGAUUAGUGACAUCUACAUUAAAUAAAUCUAUUGCCCUUAGUGACAGUUACUUAAUAGAUGAUACACUUGAACAUCUGAUUCAAUUAAGGAUCAGACAAUUGGAGAUCUUAAUUAUGAAGUGUAAACGAAAAAAUAGUGGUUCCAUAUCGUUAACCAUAUCUUAUGCGGACCGGAAAUCCAUUGAAGCCCAAUUGAUUCAUUGGUUAAGAGACUCUAAUCAAAGGGUAAUACCAAGUUCCAAUGGUCUGCUUGAAAGUAUUAAACGGAAACGAGAUUAUACUUAUUUAUUAGUUCAGCUUCAUUAUUAUUCACCACAUAAUGAACAUAGUCAGAAUAUUAUUAUUGAAAACUGUAAGGAAUAUUUUGAUAUAACAUUAGCAUUAUUACAGAAAGGAAAUGUAAUUAUUGGUUGGAUAAGUUUGUAUAGAGCCUUGAAUGUUAUUGGAAUGUAUUUGGAAACAAUAGGUCCAUCAAUUGAAUUAUUAGAUUUAAUCAAUACCCUUAAGACAUGUUUAAUAAUGUUCAAUUAUUUUGGCCGAUGGAAGAUCGCCAGUCAAGUGACUCCAUUAUUUCAGAAUCUUAUUCAGUAUCUCCAUAUUGAACCUAAGAGUGUAGGACAACAUGGGAGACUUAUUCAGGAGUGUUUCAGUUCAUAUACGCUAAUACUUAAGGAGCACUCCAUUGUACAUCGAAGUCAAAUUUAGAGUUGAAUUUAGAUUAAUAUUGACAGUUUUUAAGAUAAACUAAUAGAAUAAAAUAGACCAAAAAAUAGAGUAUAAAACAAAG